UAUCCCCCCAUCCAUCUUGAUGCCUGCUAAAGUACAAGUGGGAGGAGAGUGUAAUCCAAGUGGAUUACACUGUAAAUUGGGUGACAGUGGAUUGGGCUCUGUACGGCUGAACCCCAUCAGUUUGUAUGUGUAGGCUAUCCUGAGGCGGUCGGUCUAAACACAGAUUUAUCAACACGUGGUUCGACGCACCUGCUUGGUCAUGGCUCGUCCUGUAGACGAGAGGCACAGAGAAACAGCAACAUCCUGGCGAGUAGGAGGAAAGUUUGACAAGUAGAAUCCAAAUAAGGAGUAUCAUUUUUUUUUAUCUUCAAGGCCAACUUGUGGAUUUGGAAUUUUUACAUUGUAGAAGGAUUUUUGGUACUUCACCAGCAACGUUGAGGUGGUGGAUUUGCUGUGGAGAUGGUUAUUAGAAUGAUUGAAGUGGUCUGAGGAAUAUCAGGGAAUGGGAUGAGAAGGAUCCGGGGCCCAGAAUGGUUUGCUCUUGUCAAGGGAUAGCAACCAUGGAAGUUUAAGGCCACAGAUGAUGCUUUUUGCCAUCAUGAAAAGACUCCUACUAAUGAACGCUGCUCUGCUCUGCUGAAUCUGUAGUGAUAUCAUAUCAUGUACUUUUAAGUUCACAUGUACUGUUAUAUUUUUCACCUCAAGAAGCCCUAGAUGUUUAGCUCAGGGCUAGUUAUGGCCAGCAUGCAACAUCGAAGGGUUGAAGGAUGGCUUUCAGUUUGGAUAGUCUCAGGCUGGGUCUGCCUCCUGGUAAAUGCACAGAUGAAGAUACCGCCAGAAACGGUUCAGGUGUGGGCCAAUAUUUUUGCUGAUCGACUAACUGCCCUUGCAUCAAAAUACUCCGGAGCACAUCUCUUGCAAAAGAAACUUAAAGAUGUGGAGCCCAUCCUCAAAAUUGAAGAUGUGGAUGGAAGGGAACUUGUUAAGGAGUUCUCUGACGAGAUUGAAAGAAUGUUGGGAAGUAAAAUGAAAUCCGUUAAGAGGUUGGCAGAUACUGCCGAAGAUUCAGAUUUCUACCAUGAUUAUAAUGCAACAUUAGAGUUUGAUUACUACAAUGCAAUGCUUGUAAACUCAAUGGAUGACGAGGGAAACUUCAUGGAUCUAGGUGGCGAAUUUCCAUUGGAGGAAAAUGAACAUUUCAACAAAAUGCCUGUCAAUACUUUACAGAGUGACGUCCAAGUGCCCACCAAUGUCUACAAUAAAGAUCCUAACAUCCUUAAUGGUGUGUACAUGUCAGAGGCCCUGAACGAUAUCUUUAUUAACAAUUUCCAAAAAGAUCCCACACUCACAUGGCAGUUCUUCGGAAGUUCAACUGGUUUCUUCAGACUCUAUCCAGGCAUCAGAUGGACACCUGAUGCUAAUGGUGUGGUGUCUUUUGACUGCAGGAACAGAAACUGGUACAUUCAGGCUGCCACCUCACCAAAGGACAUCAUCAUUGUUGUUGAUAUCAGUGGAAGUAUGAAAGGCCUGAAACUGACCAUUGCCAAACACACCAUCAACACCAUCCUGGACACACUUGGUGAAAACGAUUUUGUCAAUGUCAUUGCUUACACAGAUUACGUGCGGUACGUGGAGCCCUGUUUCAGAGGCACCCUGGUGCAGGCUGACUUGGACAAUCGCGAGCAUUUCAAAUUACUUGUGAAUGAACUGCAUGUGAAGGGUGAGGGGAAAGUAAAGAAGGCCAUGAAGGAGUCAUUCAAAGUCCUGAAUGACGCCUCAGCAAAUGGCCAGGGCAGCCUCUGCAACCAGGCUAUCAUGCUGAUCACAGAUGGAGCCAUGGAGGACUUCCAGACUGUGUUUGAGGAGUUCAACUGGCCUGAGAAGAAGGUCCGGGUCUUUACUUACCUUAUUGGACGUGAUAUGACUUUUUCUGGUAAUGUCAAAUGGAUAGCUUGCAACAACAAAGGUUACUACACUCACAUCAAUACGCUGGCUGACGUGCAGGAGAAUGUGAAUGAAUACUUACAUGUGCUGAGUCGACCCAUGGUCAUAGAUCAUGACCAUGACAUCAUCUGGACAGAGGCUUACAUGGACACUGUGCUCCCUAACACAGCGGAGCUAUUCAACACCAUGGCUCACAGUUUACUGCUAAUGACAUCUGUGGCCAUGCCUGUGUUCAGCAAGAAGAAGGAGACGCUGUCCCAUGGAAUUCUCUUGGGUGUGGUGGGAACUGAUGUUCCUCUAUUAGAAGUGAUGAAGUUGGCCCCUCGAUAUAAGCUGGGCGCUCAUGGCUACGCCUUUCUCAUCACUAACAAUGGUUACAUCUUGGCACACCCAGACCUACGGCCUUUGUACAUAGAUGAGAAGAAGAGGCUGAAACCCAAACCCAACUAUAACAGUGUAGACCUGUCUGAGGCCGAAUGGGAGGACACAGAGGAGUUUCUAAGAACAUCGAUGGUGAAAGGAGAAACCGGUACUCUGACAUUAGAUGCGCGAGCGUCAGUGGACAAUAGAAAACGGCCCUUGUUCCUGAAAAAUGAUUAUUUCUACACGGUCAUUGAUGACACUCCAUUCAGUUUUGGUAUGGUGCUGACCCGGGGCCAUGGCGAGUACAUAUUCUAUGGGAAUGUGUCUGUGGAAGAAGGAUUGCAUGAUCUUAACCAGCCAGACCUUACCAUCGCAGAAGAAUGGAAUUAUUGUGAGACUGACGUCGACCCUGAUCAUCGCAAGCUUACUCAGAUGGAGGCUGUCUUCAGAUAUCUCUCAGGGAAGGACCCUGAUCUGGAGUGUGAUGAAGUGCUGCUGCAGCAGCUGCUACUGGAUGCUGUGGUGACUGCUCCAAUGGAGGCCUACUGGACUGCCAUGAUGAUGGAUGCUGCAGGAAUUGAUCCAGGAGUGGAGACGGCGUUCCUGGGAACCCGCUCUGGGCUUUUGCGAGUCACCAGAUAUGCAGGCAGUGAAAGGCGGAUUGCAAAGAAAUUCCUUACCAAGGCAGAUAAGCAGAACCUCUUCACUCUGGACCACUUCCCCGACUGGUAUCGGAUAGCAGCGGAGAACCCCCCUGGGAAGUUCCUCUUCUACACGCCUCAAGAUGAGGACAGCAAAGGCGGGAAGUUUGUCAUUGCCGUUACCGGUGUGACAGUGACGUCUGGACCACGGACAGCGUACGCUGGAGCUAUCGGAGUGCAAAUGUCAUUCUCUUCACUGCAGGACAUGCUGUUGUCUAUUGCAAUUCAGCCCAAUGACACAGACUGCAGCAAUGUGGAAGGUGUCUGUCCUCUCAGUUGUGAUGGCAUAGACCUCAACUGCUACAUUGUUGACCACAAUGGAUUCAUUCUGAUCUCCAAAGAGAACAAUGAUGUUGGUAAAUUCUUUGGGGAAGUGGAUGGGUCAGUGAUGGCACAGCUGCUUAAAACUGGCUUGUACAAGAGGGUAUCGCUGUAUGACUAUCAGGCCAUGUGCAGGACUUCUCAUGGCCACUCGAGUGAUGCUCGGCCUCUGCUUAGUCCUUUCUAUAACUUGAUGACUGUGGUUAAGUGGUUCAUGUCCAACUUCAUGCUGUAUUUGUUGGAAUUCAACAUCUUUGGACUUUGGCACUCUGACCAUGUGGCAGAUGCCAAGUCUGGGUACCAUGCAGGCCACAAGCAGAAGAAGGUAGACUUCAUGCAGCCCUGUGACACGGAGUACCCCGGCUUCAUGUAUGAGACAUCCAUCACUGAGACCAACAGCAUCAUCAAAUGUGGCCGCUGUCAGAAGAUGUUUGUUUUGCAGCAGAUCCGUAACACAAAUCUGGUGAUGGUGGUUGUGCAAGCGGACUGUGACUGUUCUCGCCAGUAUUCACCUAUCACAUUGGACCCAAAGGAAGUCAAAUAUAACGCCACAGUGAAGUGUAACAGGAUGAAGUCUCAGAAGAUCCGCCGGCGUCCACAGUCUUGCCAUGCUUACCAUCCUCAUGAAAGUUCAAAGGAUUGUGGAGGAGCUUGUGAGAUCAGUAUAUCAGUGGCUCUCCUGUUUGCAUCCUUGGUGACUUCACUAGGUCUGCGCUGAUGGGAAGAACACGGGCCUUCCUCCAAUGGAAGUCUCCUAGAUGGAAGUGACUGAGAGCAAACACUAAAGAGCAGUUCUGGAAAUAUAUUGUUACUGUAAUUUUCCAUUUAAUACAAUAAUCUGUUUGUAACAGCAGAAAAAUGUAUAAGCAUCCAAAAUGAGUCAAAAGGGGCUCAUUUAUUACAGAUUCAUAUUCUUCAAUCCUAUUCCGAAUAGAGUGUAGUUAACUUCAAGAACUCAGUGACUAAAGGCCAAAUAACACAUCACACAAUCUCCGGAGAAAAAGGGUUCUUUGCAGAACACCGAAGAGCUGGAGUACAAGGACCUCUACUGGACUUCAGGUGGCACUGCAAUCUCGAACAUUUAAGAGAGAUCUUGGGAAUAAAAACAUCGCGUUGGACUUUAAAGGAAAACAACCAACUGAUCCUGCUCCCUUGUCAUAGAGUAUAGUGACACUGUGCGUCUACUCACGUGAACAGAAGCAUGUUAGUUAAGCAGUAAUCUGCGGUGAAAGGACGCCAGAGGUCAUGACAAGACUGUGACUGUGAUGUAAUGCUCAACUCAAAUGACCUGUUAUGAUUUCUCUAUGUGUGAAGCAGACAACAUGGAUGACCUGUUAUGAUUUCUCUAUGUGUGAAGCAGACAACAUGGAUGACCUGUUAUGAUUUCUCUAUGUGUGACAGCAGUCAGCAGGGAUGUUGCCUGGUCUGUUUCAUGUAGACUUGACUUGUAGGACUUGCUAAGGCUUAAGCGGCUGAUAAUCUUAAACAUGUUUGUAGAUUGAUGAAAGAAUCUAUAUAUUAAGCACUGAUAGGGAAGCAAGAUUCUUACUCAUUCUAAAAUGCAUGACUCUACCAAAAAUGUAUUUCUUACUCCAUCUUGAUGUUUUUUCAGUUAUCUUUCUUUUUCAAAUAAACUUUAUAAACUUG